UGGGCGGUUGUAGACAACUUGGCCUAUCUGCGGAGGUAGGCUGUUCUCGUGGAGGACGACGUGCACGAAGUUGUGCUGGAAGAAGUCGCUUCUUUUGUUGUUGUGCAGUUCAAAGUACCCCGGAGGCACGGCGAUUCCAUUUAAAUCACACACUCGUGUCUGUGUGUGUGGACUUUUACAAAAGAGGAGGCUCGAUCGUAGCUGAGAUUUGAACUGUUGUGCGGAAGGCUGCCAGGCCUCAGAGGCUAAUCACCAUGAGUUACGGUAGGGCUCCGCCAGACGUCGAUGGCAUGACUUCCCUGAAAGUGGACAACUUAACAUACCGAACAUCGCCCGAAACCCUCAGACGUGUAUUCGAGAAGUAUGGCCGAGUGGGGGACGUCUACAUUCCCAGAGACCGCUACACGAAAGAGAGUCGCGGUUUCGCGUUUGUGCGGUUCCACGACAAACGGGACGCCGAGGAUGCGAUGGACGCCAUGGACGGCGCGCUGCUGGAUGGACGGGAGUUGCGGGUCCAGAUGGCCCGGUACGGCAGACCCCCCGAUUCCCACUAUGGUGGAGGGCGGCGAGGAGGGCCAGCCAGGAGGUACAGCGGUCACGGACGCCGAAGCAGAAGCUAUUCCCCCAGCCCGAGACACAGGAGACGCAGCAGGUCCCGCAGCAGGAGCCGCUCUCGUUCCCGAAGCCGAUCCCGCGACAGCAAAUCCAGGUCCAGGUCCUACUCCCGGUCCAAGUCCCACUCUCCCAGGAGCAAGAAGACCAAGGACAAGUCCCAAUCUCGUUCCAGAUCUAGAUCCAGGUCCCGGUCCAAGUCCAAGUCCAAGUCCAGGUCCAGAAGCCGUACCCCUUCCUCCAAAAGAGGGUCCAGGUCGAGAUCCAAAAGCCAGCCCAGGUCCGCAGCAGAAAACGGAGGCGAAUCCCCGUAAAGCUCAGCACAUCAGCAACAGGUGACUUCAGAACUUAAUGUCCAGCUGGAUCCCAGGAGAGCGACAGUGUCCUGCUGUGAAAGGUUAUUAUUGUGUCUUCCAUGCUUUGCUUUGUUUUAUCCGUUUAGCCCUCGAAAGGGCUUUUUCAUUUCAGUGCUGUGAUUUUAUUUCUUCUUCAUGACAUGUUUCUAAUUCUAAUCACUGAGUUUGCUGUGGGGAGGAAUUUCUCUUCUGACUUGCUUUUUGUAUUGAGAACACAGGAUAAUAUACAAGUACGAUUGAAGCUUCUGUACGUGACAGUUUAUCAAGAAGCGCAUUUACAGUUCAGCUUUCUCUGGCUUUGCUAAGCUCACAGCCAUCCUUCAUUACUUUAUUACUGGUGGCAGACAUUUGGUCACCAGCUCAGUCCAGUGAAGAGGGUUUACGGAGGCAGAUCACAUGCAGCAUCAACAGAUCUUUGAUGUUUGAUGUGACGGCUGUGACUCGAGGCGACGUGGGCGUCCACCAAUCAGGAGCUUGGUGGGUCGAUCCCUGGCCUCUGCAGUCACUGAGGUCUUAUUAGUGCAUCUGUCUUAAUGGUAAAUUCAGUAUUUUUGUCCAUGUCCGUGGUGUCAGUCAGGAUAAGUAGACACCUCGGGCCUUGUUCUCACAUCCAAUGAAGCCAUUUUCUACUCUUUGUUUCUUAUUCAGAAAAAGACCAAAAGCAUCCAAAGUGUCAAAUCCACACCGACCUUUUAAAGUUUGCUCCUGUUGUUGUUUUUAUGUCAUUAAAGGAAAAGAAUCCCUCUAAAACUCAGUGUUACCUGCUUCCUCCUCUUCUUUAAAGUCCACGGCUCAGGGUGUCUUCUGUUAGAUGGGACAGCAGAUCAUUCUACCUGCAGUGAUUGAAUGUUAAAUGUAAUUGCAUUCUGAAUAUACAGAAAAUGAAUAAAACUGAAGCUCUAAAAGAACGUGUCAGGUCAGCGAAGGUCUGAAUGGAUUUUAAAUCGUCGGUUUAAUUCUUCAGGACGUGUCUUGUUUUUUCUUUUUCAUUUCUGAUGCUAAUCCCGCUCGUCUGUUUUUUGUUGUUUUUGUUUUUUUCUUUGUGCACUAGGCGCAGUUGUGUAGCAGUUGAGUAUUGCUGGUUAGCUGUUAAGGUGGCGUGUUGCUCUGCUGAGUGCUUGGAUGUGUCCAGUAUUCUCCAGAUGCUCCCGUGGCUACCAGUGAGCAGCUGCUACAGUCUCACGCUCUGUACAGUGAUUUUUUUCCCCACAUGGUCAUGGGCGACAGAUGUGAUUUUCAUUAAAGAUUUUGGUGUUUUCUCUA